AUGGACUCGGGCGGUACUGAGUGCCGGCCGCGCCCGUACUCGACCGACGCGGGCGGUACUGAGUGCCAGCCGCGCCCGUUCUCGACCGACACUGGCAGUACUGGCCACCGGCCCUGCCUGCACUUGACCGACGCGGGCGGUACUGAGCGCCGGCCGCGCCCGUACUCGACCGACGCGGGCGGUACUGAGUGCCGGCCGCGCCCGUACUCGACCGACGCGGGCGGUACUGAGUGCCGGCCGCGCCCGUACUCGACCGACGCGGGCGGUACUGAGUGCCGGCCGCGCCCGUACUCGACCGACGCGGGCAGUACUGAGUGCCGGCCGCGCCCGUACUCGACCGACACUGGCAGUACUGGCCGCCGGCCCUGCCUGCACUCGACCGACGCGGGCAGUACUGAGCGCCGGCCGCGCCCGUACUCGACCGACACUGGCAGUGCUGGCCGCCGGCCCUGCCCGUACUCGACCGACACUGGCAGUACUGGCCGCCGGCCCUGCUCGUACUCGACCGACACUGACAGUGCUGGCCGCCGGCCCUGCCCGUACUCGACCGACACUGGCAGUGCUGGCCGUCGGCCCUGCCCGUACUCGACCGACACUGACAGUGCUGGCCGCCGGCCCUGCCCGUACUCGACCGACACUGGCAGUGCUGGCCGCCGGCCCUGCCCAUACUCGACCGACACUGGCAGUGCUGGCCGCCGGCCCUGCCCGUACUCGACCGACACUGACAGUGCUGGCCGCCGGCCCUGCCCGUACUCGACCGACGCUGGCAGUGCUGGCCGCCGGCCCUGCCCGUACUCAACCGACACUGGCAGUGCUGGCCGCCGGCCCUGCCCGUACUCGACCGACACUGGCAGUGCUGGCCGCCGGCCCUGCCCGUACUCGACCGACACUGGCAGUGCUGAGCGCCGGCCGCGCCCGUACUCGACCGAGACGAUCGCAUCCACCGAUGGCCGCCGCGUCGUCGCCGAUGCGUCGACGCCAACGAUCGAUCGCCGGCGACGCCGAUUACCUGUCGAUCGCUGUCGGCGGCACGUGCUUCGAAGCGGUGGCGACGAGACGGCCUCGGAGGCGGGCGUGCCCGACGCCAUGUGA